AUAGUAAAUCUAUAUCGAGAGUUCCUCUUAAAUCAAUUAACGUUAAUGAGUUAUAUAACACAAAUAAAAGUUCUUCAACUGAAUCUGCAAUAGCAAAUGCUAAUGAUGGUGUCAAACAUAAAUAUAUAUGUCAAAUAUGUGGUGAAUCUGGUCAUAAUGCUAGAA